AUGGGAUACUACCCUGAGGAAGGCACCGAGAAUGAUGGCGCCGCGCCUCAUGAGGGUAUGUCGGCGGGAAAGUACUUGUCUACCCGACUGUCAACCCUCAAACCGCCCAUGCUACCAGUUCCCAACCCGUGGAAGUUGGUUCGCAUGCUCAAUGCUCAACAGUGGGCUUUCUUUACGCUAGCUUUCUUUGCUUGGACCUGGGACGCCUUCGACUUUUUCACAGUCUCCCUCACCGUCAGUGAUCUCGCCAAGGACUUUGGCAAAACCCCAACAGAUAUCACAUGGGGUAUUACACUGGUUCUCAUGUUCCGAUCUGUGGGAUCCAUUCUGUUUGGUAUUGCCAGCGACCGAUAUGGCCGUCGAUGGCCAUUCAUCAUCAAUAACUUGCUGUUCAUCGUGCUUGAACUGGGUACUGGAUUUUGCCAGAACUACUCCCAGUUCCUCGCAUGCCGCGCCUUGUUUGGCGUGGCGAUGGGAGGUCUGUACGGAAAUGCUGCCGCCACAGCGCUUGAGGACCUUCCCGAGGAGGCUCGUGGUCUCAUGAGCGGUAUUCUCCAACAAGGCUAUGCAUUUGGCUACCUCCUCUGCGCUGCGUUUGCCCGCGGUCUGGUCGAUACUACAUCUCACAGUUGGCGUCCUUUGUACUGGUUCGCCGCCUGUCCUCCCGUCAUCUUCAUCGGCGUCCGUCUCCUGCUGCCGGAAACCAAGGUUUACCAGGAGCGUGAGCGAAUGCGCAAGGAGGCUGGAACUGGUGGCCAAUCUGCCGGCUCUGUCUUUAUUAGCGAGGGCAAGGUUGCGUUGAAGCGUCACUGGUUGCUGCUCUCGUAUCUGGUCCUCCUCAUGGCUGGCUUCAACUUCAUGAGCCACGGCUCCCAGGACUUGUACCCCACCAUGCUCGAGAACCAGCUCGGUUUCAGCAAGACCGCCGUGACUGUGACCCAGGUCGUGGCAAAUCUUGGCGCCAUGACCGGUGGCACUGUGGUUGGAUUCUGCAGUCAGUCCGUCGGACGCCGAUUCAGCAUCAUUGUUUGCUGCAUUGUCGGUGGUGCUCUCCUAUACCCUUAUGGUUUCGUGUCGGACAAGUCCAUCAUGGCGGCUGCCUUUUUCCAGCAAUUCUGCGUCCAGGGCGCAUGGGGUGUUAUUCCCAUUCACCUCAUGGAAUUGUCUCCAGGUGCCUUCAGAACCUUUGUCGUCGGUACUGCCUACCAGCUCGGUAACUUGGUGUCGUCCGCAUCGUCUACCAUUGAAGCUCGUCUUGGUGAGCGAUUCCCACUGCCCCCAACCGAGAAGGGCACGAAACGCUACGAUUACGGCAAAGUCAUUUGCAUUUUCAUGGGCUGUGUCUACGCCUACACUUUGUUCCUUACCUUUAUGGGACCCGAGCACCUCCGUCGCAAGUUCGACAUCAGCCACGAUACAGACGCCAAGGCAGCUGUGGGUGUUGACGCUGUUGGCCGCACAGCACACGGUGGCAUCUCUCACGAUGACAGCGACAGCAAGGCCCGUGAGAUUGAGGAGGACGAAGAGAAGAGGACUGCCGCCCACAACAACUAG